CUUUUGGCUAUUACCAUGGGUGUCGGACGUCGUUUCAAGAAACAGGGCCCUCCUGCAACCCUCGAAGAACUGGGUUUAAACCUGAAGCGGAAACCCAACAGCGAGACUUCCCAAGAACCAGUAAAGAAGAGACGCAGAUCCGGAGAGACUGAUGUAAAGAAAUUGGUCCGCCUCGACCGGGCCCUCAGAGGUGACCAAGAGAGUGGUGACAUACAAGAGAGCAAAAAGUCGGACGGGAAAAAACAAAAGCAGAAGAAAAAGCUGGUCAACAAAGAUGCGCAGAUUACGGUUCCUCCCAAGUUUCCCUUCCUAGCAGUCGAGAGCCAGGACGACGAACAGGCUGAAGAGGUAGAAGAGCACAAUGACAAUGAUGGAAAUGCAGCAUUCGGAGUGCCACUGGACGAGGCUUCUCUUUCUGACUUGGACGACGAUGAGAUUGCACAGGCAGAACUUGAAGGCGGAUCAUCUGAUGACUCCGUCUUCGAUUCAGACCCGGACGAGCAACCACGACGCAUGUUCUCCGAAGACGAAGACGAGUCCGACGCCGAGGCCCAGCUCACGGCUGCAAACAUCGAGGGACUCUCCCGGAAACUAGACCAAGAGCAAGCUCAGGUCGAGGCAGAAGCACAACAAGAGUUGGAAGACGCAGCUUUACAGACCAAUAUUGCCAAAGAUGAAGGAGUCUUGGAUUCUGUGGCCGCGCAAGGGCUGGCACCAGACCUGGCUGUCGUCCGCACUCGUAUGACUGAAACUAUUCGAGUUCUGGGCAACUUUUCCGCGCUCGCAGACAAGACAAAGUCGAGAACGGAUUAUACCGAGCAGCUGCUGUCCGAUAUCUGCACGUACUAUGGCUACACUCCGUACCUUGCCGAGAAACUGUUUGCGCUGUUCACCCCUGCAGAGGCCUUUGCAUUCUUCGAGGCAAACGAAACGCCGCGUCCUGUUGUGCUGAGGACCAACACACUACGUACUAAUCGCCGCACUCUCGCCCAAGCUCUGAUCAACAGAGGUGUUGUGUUGGAGCCAGUGGGUAAAUGGUCAAAAGUAGGCUUACAGGUUUUCGAAUCUCCUGUCCCACUGGGUGCCACUCCAGAAUAUUUGGCUGGUCACUACAUUCUCCAAGCCGCUUCUUCCUUCCUGCCCGUCAUGGCACUAGCUCCCCAACCGAACGAGCGCGUCCUUGACAUGGCCGCAGCGCCUGGCGGCAAGACUACAUAUAUUUCAGCGCUGAUGCGAAACACGGGAGCUGUCUUCGCCAACGAUGCCAAUCGACAACGUGCAAAGGGUCUGAUUGGUAAUGUUCACCGUCUUGGGUGCAAAAACGUGGUUGUCUGCAACUACGAUGCGCAGAAAGCCUUUCCCAAGAUUCUAGGCGGCUUUGAUCGGAUUCUACUCGAUGCGCCAUGCUCUGGUACUGGUGUCAUCGGCAAAGAUCCAAGCGUCAAGACGUCGAAGAAUGAGCGCGACUUCCUAGCCCUACCUCACAUGCAGAAGCAACUGCUUCUUGCCGCCAUCGACUCGGUCGACCACAAAAGCAAGACUGGCGGGUACAUCGUAUACUCGACCUGCUCGGUGACUGUUGAGGAGAAUGAAGGUGUGGUUCAGUACGUGCUACGCAAGCGACCGAACGUAAAGAUUGUCGACACUGGUCUUGGCAAUUUCGGAUCGGAAGGUUUCAAGACCUACAUGAACAAGAAAUUCGACGACAAGAUGCCUUUGACAAGGAGAUAUUUCCCGCAUCGCGAAAACGUCGACGGCUUCUUUGUCUGCAAGCUGAAGAAGACGGGCCCAACCCCGAAGAAUGCCGGUCAAGCGAAUGGGUCGGGCGAAGCCGAGGCCAAUACGUCGAUGGUCAAUGGCCACAAGGAUAAGUCAGACACUGACGGAGAGACUGCAGAGGAUGCAGCGGAUGACGGUUUCGGCGGCUUCGACGAUGAGGAAGAUCAAAAGUACAUUGCACAGGCCGAGAAGAAGUGGCUCAAAGCUCGUGGUCUUGACCCAAAAGCAGCGGAUCGAAAGAAUCGAACCGAGACCAAGGAUGCAAGUCAAAGCAAGUCAGGGUCAAAGAAGAAAGCCGGAGGGAAGAAGCAUGGGAAAUAGAAACGAAAAUGCAAUAAUCAGUAUUCUUUUCGGCGGCCUGGCCAAUCUUGAAUUUUACGAUCAUGAUUGUACUAUCACAUCACACUUUACAUAUCAGAGAUGGUCUUUUUCAUCCCACAGAGAACAAAGGCAGAAGGGAGAUUGAGAAGUGAAAAAAAUGAAAAGUGCUUACGACGACUCAACCUCCAAAUGAUACCACUUACGACUGCCGCCGCGGCUAAAAUGACCAGACCGAAGACAGCCAACAUGUGCAGGACCCGCCGAUACUGCUGCAGCACCGGUCUUUUCUGUGACCGACUGAGUGACCGCCGACUGGAUGGUGAUCGUUGAGUCUGAUGCGAGUCUUUGUGGUGGUUGUGAAUGCGAAAGAUUCGAUCAAUCUCGCUCUCUCCCUUUUCGAUGUCUUUGAUGUCUUCGAUGUCCACAUUGACACGGUUGGCGCUACCUGCUGGAGAAGAUACUGGGGUUCUCAUUUCGUCAGGACACAAUUCCUUGUCUUUCGACGAAAUUUGCGACCGCGUCCGAGAAGGCACAUAAGUUGGAGAAGAAGAAAGGUGCGUCGUGAAUAAUGUGUUAUUGGGGGAUAGAAUGAUGGUAGGACGUAAAUUUGGUAAAGAAGUUUUCGGUCGAGGUGGUCUUUGAGGUGGUGAUAGUGACGACGGCCAUGGUGAUGGUGAAGUCUGAGAAACUGGACAAGACCAUGGAACCAUGGACGAGGGAGAUGAUAAUGGUGAGGUCGAGGUCGUUACUGUUUUCUUUACCGGCGUCUUUGGAGGCAUUAAGAAUUGCAAUUCGAGAUUGCGUCCCUAGGGGAGUACUAGAUACAGACAGAAUUCAAUGUGGUCUCGAUGUGA